UCUUUGUUUUGCUCUGCUGUCCUUCUUGUCUUUUGCGCGCUCUUUUAUCCAUGCAGGCAAUCCAAUAUGCCCUUGUACUCCUUUGUACCAUGGCGGUGGGCUCGUUUCAUGUCCCGCUACCGCUCAGUGUCAUCAGCAGAAGUAUCGUUCCAUGUUCUGCACGACAACACCAUCUGCUCUUGCUGUCGGCGGAACGGAGAGGUAGAGGUAUCGAACCAGAGGAACCCCUUUUCGAGGGACCUAUCCUACUGCCUCCUGCCGAUUACACCAAGCCUGGACGAGUGGUGAACUUGGGGGACGACGAUGGGGCUGAGGUUGGUCACGUCAUGUUAAAUCGCAAGAUCACUCUCUCCUUCACGUGCAACGUUUGCGAUGGCCACAACACGCACCAGAUCAACCGGGUCUCGUUCAUGCAGGGCAUAGUUGUACUCUGGUGCCAGCACUGCAACCAGAAGCACCUCAUCGCAGACAACCUUGGGAAGCUGGACUUUCCCGAGUUCGGGCGCAACCUCGAGGAGUUCAUGGCCAAGAAAGGCACCCCCGUCAAGAGAGUUGUCAUGGACAGGGAUGGCCUCUCCCACGUCCAGGUCGCUGUGCCGGGGAAGGACUACCCGGAGGUCAACCCGCACCAGGUCACCCGAGACGAGGACGAAGAGGAGGCGCUGCGCGAAGGGUUCGACGCCAUGAGCCUUUUGCCGAGCGCGCACGUGGGAGGCGCCGACUACCUGCGGGGAGUUCCGCCGCCGCCGCCGCCGCCGCCGCUCCGCCAGGAGGUUGGCGGCGCAGGGGACGGGGAGGAUGUUGUUGAUGGGGAAUGGGAGGGGGACGUUGUGGAUGGACCGCCGAAUGUUUGA